CCAUCGGUUUUGCCAGAGCCUGUUCGCAUCCUCGCAUAGUGACAAAAACAGAAAAGCAAUCAAGUGCAAAGAAAAUCAGUAGUCGAGCUAGUAAGAGGCAUGGCAGCACUUGUCACUCCGGCUUCCGUGGUGUCCGAGCUGAUGGCGCGGGGCCGGCAGUCCGCCGCCGUCCUCGCGGCCCUGCUCCAGGACGCGUCCCCGCCGGGGGCGCCCCACGAGCUCGCCGCGGAGAUCCUCCGCUGCUGGGACCGCGCGCUCGCCGCGCUCCACGCCGCGGAGAUCCCGCCCACCGCCGGAUCGGACGGCCCAAAGCGCAAGCCGGGUGCAGCCACUGACACGAGGCCCAAAAGAAGGGCGCGCGUGAGCGGGCGGGAGACGGCGGCGAGAGUGGAGACGAAGCGGACGGUGGAGGACGGGUACAUAUGGAGGAAGUACGGGCAGAAGGAGAUCCUGAACAGCAGCCACCCGAGGCUCUACUUCCGGUGCAGCUACAAGCACGACAGCGGCUGCCCGGCCACGAGGCAGGUCCAGCACUCGGACCACGACCCUUCCCUCUACGUCAUCACCUACUUCGGCCACCACACCUGCUGCGUCGGCGGCGACACUGUUACUACCACCACAGCCGCUGAGGAGGAGCUCCUCAAGACGCCGGAGCCGAAGCCGUUCGUCAUCGACUUCGGCUCCGGCUCCGGGAGCAGCGGCGGCUCGCCGCCUUGGCUCUCGUCUUCCUCCUCCGAGGAGGAGGAUGAUGGCCGGAGUUGCAAGCAGGUUGAGUCAACGUCGUCAGAAUUGCAGCACCCGGCGGCGGAGCAGAGCUCGUCGGCCGACGAGCUUUCUUGCUCCUCCCCCGCAUGGGACCCUCUGCUGCCCGUCUGCUCCUCCGACUGGGAUUACUUGGGCGAGACCUCCUUCGAUUACAUUACCGAGCUCAUCAAUCGUUACGAGAUUGCUAUGUUCCAAUAGGAUGGUUAAUUAAUUUGGUGUGUGAAAUGAAAAGGGGCGUGUGUUUUGGGGUUUCGAUAAGUUCAUUAGGUGUGGUCAAACCCUCUGCAUUGAGGAUAUAUGAUCUGGAUCUGCUUUUGGAUCAUCCAUAUGUGUCAAGUUGACACUACUGAAUAAAGUAUGAUCGAUGCCUUGAAGCUUCUGAAAA